AUGAUUAAAAACCAGGUUAUUGAAAUGGUUCCUAUUCUUGCUAUAAUAAAUAAUCAAAUGGUUCGAACGAACUGGUUCGAUUUUUCAAUUAUCGGAUUCAGGGUAACGACUUGGGUUACACCUUUCAUUAACCAAAGAUCCAAAAACUUUAUACCUGGACGAACCAGAGGAUAUUUCAUCAAAUCAUCAGAGACUGACAACUCUCCGGAUUUAGUAGUAUGGUAUGAAAAGUUAUUGCAGGACGUAAAGAAAGAUUAUGGAAUAGAUUCAUUCAAAUUUGACGCUGGCGAAACAAACUACGUACCUCGUAAAGGGCACACUAAGAAAAAAAUUUACAACCCCGGUGACUACACAACAUAUUAUUCAAUGUCUGCUUUUAACCAAGGAGGAAACAUGAUGGAAAUGAGAUCAGCCUGGAAGACACAAUCAUUUCCAUUUUACAUGAGAAUGAUGGACAAGGGUUCUAGAUGGGGUGGAUUCAAAGGCAUAAGAACUGUCAUUCCCACUGCGCUGACUUUUGGCAUCAUUGGAUACCCUUACGUGCUACCUGAUAUGAUUGGAGGUAAUGCGUAUGGAAAUCUCAAACCUGAUAAAGAAUUAUUUAUUCGGUGGCUUGAACUUACUGCUUUUCUUCCAGUAAUGCAAUUUUCUAUUACGCCAUGGGAUUACGAUCUUGAGGUGACGGCACUUGCAAAAUUUUAUGUUGACCUUCAUCGAACUGUGAUAUAUGAUGAGAUACUGAGAGUUUCACAAAAAUAUGUCGACGGUACAGGUAACUUUAUGCCUGUAAGUCCAAUUUGGUACUGCGCUGCACUCGAUGAAACAGAAGCUUUUGCUAGUAGCGACCAAUUUUUAGUUGGUGAAAGAUAUCUUGUUGCUCCAAUUGUAAAUGAAGGAGCAAUAAAAAGAGACUUGUAUUUGCCGAGGGGGAAAAACAAAGAGCCUAUACUAUGGCGUGACAUGUUACAUCCGGAAGAAGACAUUUUUAGAAAAGGGGGGCAGUGGGUUAAAGAUUAUCCGGUGGAACUUCAUGAAAUAUCCUGGUGGGAAAACAGCAAAUUUGCAGAAAAAUGA